UAACGCCGCUUCCAAUCACCUCCCUCACUAAUCUCAUUUCUUAAUCAUAAUUCACACACUUAAUUAUGGAGUAUAAUAAAUAAGCUAGUGCAACAUUACACUUAAAUAUCUGGGAAAUUCAAUUAGGAGUACUUAAUUUUCCAAUUCUGCUCCUCACGCCUUCUUCUUGGGGAACAGAUUGAUCAGCUUUCAGAUACCACUUUUUUUAAACCUUCUUUACUUCAUCAACUUCAGUCGGCUUCUCAGCCAGCGGAGCUGGAUUUGGCUGCUGCUGAGUUGAGUGGAAGAUCCUAAUGAGGUAUUGAGAUAGUGGAGUGUGAAGAUGAGUGAAGGCAACAAGUUUCAGCUGGGGACUAUUGGAGCAUUGAGUUUUUCAGUGGUUUCAUCUGUUUCCAUCGUCAUAUGCAACAAGGCGCUCAUUAGCACUCCUGGCUUCACUUUUGCUACAACUCUUACUAGCUGGCAUCUUCUUGUUACUUUUUGCUCCCUUCACAUUGCUCUAUGGAUGAAAUGGUUUGAACACAAGCCAUUUGAUCCAAGAGCUGUCAUGGGAUUUGGAAUUCUCAAUGGAACAUCCAUUGGGCUUUUAAAUCUUAGCCUGGGUUUUAACUCUGUGGGUUUCUAUCAGAUGACAAAAUUGGCAAUUAUCCCAUGCACUGUUCUUUUAGAGACUCUUUUCUUCAGAAAAUUGUUCAGUAGGAAUGUACAAAUUUCACUAGUUGUUCUUCUCAUGGGUGUUGAGAUUGCAACUGUGACUGAUUUGCAGCUUAAUGUCCUGGGCUCGGUCUUGUCUCUGCUUGCAAUUGUAACAACUUGUGUUGCACAAAUCAUGACAAAUACCAUACAGAAGAAGUUCAAGGUUUCUUCAACCCAACUUCUGUAUCAAUCUUGUCCCUAUCAGGCAAUCACUCUUUUCAUAACUGGACCGUUUGUGGAUGGGCUUCUGACAAAGCAGAAUGUAUUUGCUUUCAACUAUACUCCUCAAGUGCUGGCAUUUAUUGUCCUAUCCUGCUUAAUAUCAGUUUCCGUGAACUUCAGCACUUUUCUUGUAAUCGGAAAGACGUCACCAGUAACUUAUCAGGUCCUAGGGCAUUUGAAAACAUGCCUUGUUUUGGCAUUUGGUUAUGUUCUUCUACGAGACCCCUUUAGUUGGCGGAACAUUUUAGGAAUCUUGAUUGCUAUCGUGGGGAUGAUACUGUACUCGUACUGUUGCUCUAUCGAGAGUCAGCAAAAGGCCAGUGCUGAAGCAGCACAAAUAUCCCAGGCCAAGGAAGCCGAAUCUGAUCCUCUUUUAAGCGCUGAAAAUGGCGGUGGAGUUCUUGCUGAGGGUGGGGGUGGUGCAAGGGCACCGGAAUGGAACUCAAACAAGGACCUGCAUGCGUAAAACUUGGGUGGCAUCAACUUGCUUAACUGGUUUGCGUGGAAGCAACUGUAGCAGCGAUGAAGACGAUGCUGCAAGGGACACUAUGGAUUGUGUAUUUGAAUAGAUUGAGAGCUGAAUGAGUUGUCUUUCCAGUCAAACAGUUUUGUAUACCCAAGGUGUGCUAAUACAGAAUAGAUUCUCUUUCAAUCACCAAAUGUUGCACGCUUAAUAAGUAGAUUUAAUUGGUAAAAAAGGAAGUUCCUCGAGUUUGCUCGUAAAAUUUAAAUAUUUUAUGCUA